AUGGCCACCGAAAGCGCUCUUAGGUUUCCUACUAUUGAUUUUUCCGUUCAACUGAAACCUGGUACACCCGAGUGGAACACAGUAAGGACCCAAGUCCGCCAAGCAUUGGCAGAAUUCGGUUUUUUCGAGGCAAAGUUCGAUAAAAUUCCUAUAGACAUUCGAAAGGCCUUAUUUGAUGCACUACAAGAGCUUUUCGAUCUUCCUUUACAAACCAAACUACGAAACAUUUCAAAGAAGCCCUUCCAUGGCUAUGUUGGCCAAUACCCUGCUGUGCCUUUGUACGAGAGCAUGGGAAUCGACGACGCCAAUAUCCGUGAAAAUGUUGAAAAUUUGACUACUAUCUUAUGGCCCAAUGGAAACCCAAACUUUUGCGAAACCAUUCAAUCUUACUCGGACCAACUAUCGGAGUUGGAUCAAAUAAUCAGAAGGAUGAUUUUGGAGAGCUUGGGAGUUGAGAAAUAUUUGGUGGAACACAUGGAAUCAACGAACUACCUUCUUCGAGUGAUGAAAUAUAAGGGCCCUCAAACCCCCGAGACCAAGCUGGGUUUGAACGCUCACACAGAUAAAAACAUUGUGACCAUUUUAAAUCAGAACCAAGUUGAGGGAUUAGAGGUCCAAACCAAAGAUGGUGAAUGGAUAUCUGUCAAACCCUCCUCUUCUGACUCUUUCAUCGUCAUGAUUGGAGAUUCCCUCUACGCAUGGGCAAAUGGUCGAUUACAUUCUCCAAAUCAUAGAGUAAUGAUGACAGGAAACGAGGCAAGGUACUCGACGGGAUUGUUUUCCAUCCCAAAGGCAGGUUACACGGUCAAAGCCCCAGAAGAGCUUGUUGAUGAAGACCAUCCUUUGCUGUUCAAACCCUUUGACCACGUCCAAUUCCUUGCCUUCUAUUAUACCCAGGCUGGUCAAACAGCUCCAUCUGCUCUCCACUCAUAUUGUGGUGUCUGAUCAUUGCUACA